AUGUUCCUGAGAUACCGUCCCCGGCUGCUGCAGCUGGCGACGCAGCUCUGCGGGGGCGGACUGCGGCCGGACGUGGGGGCGGAGACGCGCCGCCGCUACCGCCAGCGCGGCCGCGAGGUCUUCCUCUACCUGCAGGCGAUACUGAGCGUGCCGACACUGCUGUGGUCGCUGCAGCCGCUGCUGGUGCCGCCUGGUGGCAGCGCCGCGACCCUCUCCAACGUGACGGAGCCUGCGUUCAGCCGCAGUACGCCGCUGCCCAUGUGGCUGCCGCCGGCGCUGCAGAGUUCACCCGCCUACGAGAUGGUGUACGGGCUGCAGGUAUUCUCCAUGCUGGUGGUCCUGCAGACCUCCGUCUUCACUGGCAUCUUCUUCCUCGUCCUCAUGCUCAGCAUCGCUGCCGAGCUGCACGUGCUCAACGACAGCAUUGCCGGGAACAGUGGGCAGGUGUCGAGCUCUCCCAGGCGACAACACAGUUUGUCCACGAUGAAAAGCCACCGUGCUUCUGAAGUAGAUGCUGCAAACUAUGGCGCAGUCACCAGUUUUGAGAGAAGUCACUUGCAGCGACAGAUGUAUUGCGACUUGGCGAACAACAUUCGCCAUCAUCAGUUGAUUAUAAGAUGUGUCAAGGAACUGGAGGCUAUAAUGAACCUACCCAUCUUCGUUCUUUUGUUUCUACACAUGGUGAACAUCUGCGCACAGAUCUUCGUAACCUCUCUCCUGUUGCAGAAGGACAAUGACUCGACAACGCUUUUCAAGGUGUUGUUCACGCUGCCGAUUUAUCUGUAUGAGACUGGACUUUAUUGCGUGUUUGGUCAAAUCAUUAUCGACCAGAGCGACCGGCUGUCCAGCUCGGCCUACAGCGGCACCUGGCUGCAGGGCGACGUGCGUCUUCGGAGGGCGCUGCUGCUGCUGACGUCACGUGCCGUCCACCCCCUCACUCUAACCGUGGGCAAGACCUACACGCUCUCCAGGCACACCUUUCUCCAGAUUCUUAAUGGCUCGUACUCUCUCUUCAACAUGCUGUAUCAAGUGCAAGGGAACAAGUGAAGGAUGUAAUCUGGAAGAAUACACAUUGUCGUAAUGGACCUACCCUCAGCUCGUAAAAUAUAAAAAGACAACCACAUUACUAGAAAAUGCAUGCACAACCACCAGCAGGUUGGGGGCAGCCUCCGGAAGGUCAUAGUGCCAAUCAAAACCAUAGUUCUCUGUCAAGAUUUUAAGCUAUACCUUCUUGCUUCAAUGCUUCGAUUAUUUAU